AUGUCUAUUUUAAUGAAGUUACGCUGCAUCACACUUGAUGUUACUGGUACACUCAUUGCUUACAAAGGAGAGCUGGGUGACUAUUAUUGCAUGGCAGCCAAAGCUGCUGGACAGCAAUGUCCUGACUAUAAGCGAGUUCAUGAGGGUUUUAAACUAGCAUAUACAGAAAUGGCAAAGAAGCAUCCAUGUUUUGGAUUUCAUGAAAAGAUUCCUAACAUUGUGUGGUGGAAGACUUGUGUCAGAGAUUCCUUUGUUCAGGCAGGUUAUGAAUAUGAUGAGGAGACAUUUGAGAAGAUAUUUAGACGCAUAUAUGCUACUUUUGGUUCUUCUGCACCUUAUAGCAUAUUUCCUGAUGCUAAACCGUUCCUCCGAUGGCUCCGUGAGAGCGGCGUUACGGUUGGUCUGGUCAGCAAUGCUGAGUAUCGGUAUCAGGAUGUAAUUCUUCCUGCAUUAGGCUUGAAUCAGGGAUCUGAGUGGGACUUUGGUGUAUUCUCCGGUCUUGAAGGUGUUGAAAAACCAGAUCCAAGGAUAUAUGAGAUUGCCUUGAAGAGAGCAGGAAAUGUAGCACCUGAAGAAGUAUUGCACAUUGGAGAUAGCUUCAGGAAAGACUACUUUCCCGCGAGAAGUGUUGGGAUGCAUGCUUUAUUGUUGGACAGGUUCAAGACUGCUGAUGCUGUCAAUUGGAAGAAAGAUGGUGCCACUGUGCUACCCGACUUGACCGCUACCAAAGACUGGCUUACCUCUGAGGAACUGAAAUGCAGUGACAUGUGAAGCUUUGUAUGAGUUCUAUGAUUAUUUUCUUGUCUUUAAUAGUAGAUUUGUAUUACAAGAAUGCGAAAAUGAGUAUGAGAUGUAUGAAUGUGAUGGUGAUGGAUUUGGUUUAACAUGCCACAUGUUGUGUUAAAUCGUCCGUCUUUCUUCUUUCUUUGUGGCAAGCAUUGCUACUCCACGAAAGCAAUGCUAGCUUUGUUGUGGAUGCAAUUGAAAUUUUAAGAAAUGAGGUAAAUUGCAUAUUUGCCACCA